AUGGGUAACUGGAUUAUCAACAAUGGACUAACGACCUUCAUAUAUGUGGUCUGGAUGAGCAUCAACAUUUUCCUUUUCGUCUGGUUUUAUUAUAUCUACGAGUUGCAGGAUCGGUUUUUCUACACGCGUCAUAUUUUAGGGUCCGCUUUGGCCUGGGCCAGGGCUCCUGCAGCGGUCCUUAACUUCAACUGUAUGCUGAUCCUCCUCCCGGUCUGCAGGAACCUGCUGUCUCUGAUCCGAGGCUCCUUCAUGUGUUGUGGCAGAACAAUGAGGAAACAGCUGGACAACAAUUUAACUUUCCACAAGCUGGUGGCUUACAUGAUCGGCCUGAUGACAGCUGUUCACAUGAUCGCCCAUUUGUUGAACGUGGAGUGGUACAACAACAGCAGACGGGGUGUUUAUGACAAACUCAGCACUGCACUGUCCAACCUGGAGGAUACAGAAAACACCACCUACCUGAACCCCAUCCGAACAACAGAUGUUACGCCAACCUACUUAGUCUUCACCACCAUCGCUGGCCUCACAGGGGUCAUCAUCACUCUGGCCCUCAUCCUCAUCAUCACCUCCUCCAUGGAGGUCAUCAGGCGCAGCUACUUUGAAGUCUUUUGGUACACGCACCAUCUCUUCAUCAUCUUCUUCGCCGGUCUUGUCUUCCAUGGAGCCGGGCGCAUUGUGAGGAGUCAAACGACAACUGAUCCGCCGCACAACUUCACCUUCUGUAAAGACCGCAGUGAUGAGUGGGGGAAGAUUCCUGAGUGUCCCAUCCCUCAGUUUGCUGGAGGGUUUCCACAGACCUGGAUGUAUGUGAUCGGUCCAAUGGUUCUGUACAUCUGUGAGCGUGUGGUACGCUUCAUUCGUUACAUGCAGACAGUCAAAUACAGGAAGAUUGUGAUGCGGCCGUCUAAGGUGCUUGAGCUGCAGUUGGUGAAGGAUGGCUUCAAAAUGGAGGUGGGUCAGUACGUCUUCCUCAACUGCCCAGCCAUCUCACAGCUGGAGUGGCACCCGUUCACCAUGACCUCCGCCCCCGAGGAGGACUUCUUCAGCGUUCACAUUCGCUCAGCUGGGGACUGGACAGACAAGCUCAUUGACAUUAUGCAGCAGCUGCCAGAGGGGGCACAGGGACCAAAAAUGGGUGUGGACGGCCCCUUUGGCACAGCCAGCGAGGACGUGUUCGACUAUGAGGUCGCCAUGCUGGUCGGUGCCGGCAUUGGAGUCACUCCCUUCGCCUCCAUCCUCAAAUCCAUCUGGUACAAAUUCAAAGACUCCAACCCGAAUCUGCGUACCAGAAAGAUAUACUUUUAUUGGCUUUGCCGGGAAACACACGCCUUUGAGUGGUUUGCUGACCUCCUGCAGAUGCAAGAGAAGGAAAUGGAGGAGAGAGGCAUGGGGGAUUUCCUCACUUACAAACUCUACCUGACUGGGUGGGAUCAAAGCCAUGUUUUUCACGAGAAUGUUAACUUUGAUAAGGAAACAGAUGUAGUCACCGGACUCAAACAGAAAACUAACUAUGGCAGACCCAACUGGGACAAAGAGUUUGAACAAGUCCGCAAAGAGAACCCCACGUCUGUGGUGGGAACGUUCUUAUGCGGCCCUGCAGCUCUGGCCAAAGUCUUGGCAAAGAAAUGCGCCAAAUACUCAGACGUGGAUCCUCGCAAGACCAAAUUUUACUUCAACAAGGAGAACUUCUGA